AUGGCUGACCCAACACCAAUAAACAUCGAAGACACCAAACGCCCCGCAAACCUCGAGGAUCCAGUGGACAACAAGCCAAAAGAAGGAUCAAUAAUUGCACCGGAUCAAUUCGAUACUAGUUAUGAGACGAGUAGAAAGGAGAUAUGGUCUUAUUAUGCGUAUUACAUUGGAAAUAAUGGAUUGACAUUAUUCAACUUCGCACCAACAGCCUUCCAAAACUUGCUCUACCAAGCCGCCGACUCCAACAGCCAGCUCUACUUUGCCGGCAAACUGCGCUCCAUCAACAGCAUCGUCCUGCUCUGCAACGGCAUCUCCUUCGCCAUCCAAAUCGUCGUGUUUUUGAUCAUUGGCAGCUUCGCCGAUUUCGGGACCUGGAGGCCUAAUAUUCUAAUCGGAUUAUCGCUUGUAGCAUGGGCCAUUGGAUUCGCGUGGCUCGGUGUGCACGACGCUACAAAAUGGGAGGCCGCUACGGGCUUAUAUAUUGUUGGAUUGAUUGCCUACCAAACCACGCUCACGUUCUGGACAGCUGCGUUCCCGGGUCUAGCACGCAACACAGCAGAAAUGAAACGCGCCGCCGACGAACUCGUGUCCGGCAGCAUAACGCGCGACGAAUACGAUUUCGCGGAUAGCAUGAAACGAAGCCAGCUUUCCAACAUUGCAUUCUACAUCCAAUCCGUCGGGGAGAUUUUCAUUCUGGCCAUUAUCGUGGGGAUUAUGUUUGGAUUGGACGUAAACGCCAGCACGGAGAACAAUAACUGGGGACUGAGUGUAUUGAUUGCGUUCGCGACGGGGGUGUGGCUGUUGUUGGCUAUUCCGUGGUUUGUGUUUGAGAAGAGGAGACCGGGCCAGGACCCUGCGCCGAGAAACAUUAUUAUGGCCGGGUUGUGGCAGUUGUAUCAUGCGGGCAGGCAGAUUUUGCAGUUGAGGCAGAGCUUGAUUUAUCUCAUUGGAUACUUCCUCCUCGGCGAUUCAUUGAAUACAACCGUCACCGUUAUCGGUACCCUUCAAAAUAGUAUCGUAGCCUACAACACCCUGCAACUAACCUACCUCUUGAUCGUCGGCAUCGCCGCACAGGCAAUCGGUAUCUACGUCUUCUGGUUCGUCCAACGCCACUUCCACCUCAGCACAAAGACGAUGUUCAACGUCAUCGCCAUCGGCAUUAUUCUGUUAGAUGGCUGGGGCAUGAUCGGCAUCUGGACCCAGCGUUUCGGCUUCCAUAACGAAUGGGAAGUAUGGCUCUACCAAGCCUACUAUGGGUUAUUUGUCUGCCCCUGGUACUCGUACAGCCAAAUCAUGAUCUCUGAGGUUACUCCCAGAGGAAAAGAGUUUUUGUUCUUCUCGUUGUUUAGUAUUAUCGGGAAGACGUCCAGCUUCAUAGGGCCGAUUGUGUCGAGUGCGAUUAUUGAUGCGACGCCCAGUGGGAAUGAGUCGACGCCGUUUUAUUUUUUGUUUGCGUUGAGUGUGGUUAGUUUUGGGGUGUUGGUGGUCUUUGUGGAUUUGAAGAAGAGUCGGAAGGAGCAGGAGGAGUUUUUGAUUUUGGAGGAGAGGAGGAGGGGUGCUCCCGUUGCUUAG